GCGGGGCGGGCGCCUCCCUCCCACGGAUGCUACCGGGGGAGUUUGUGGUCCCACCGGCUCCAUGGGGGACCAGGCUGGACAACCAGCGGGUGGUGGGGUCCAGAGGCGGCGGAGGGCGCUGACUGCCCCACCUCUGGGGACGAUGUACCCCCGCGGGGGCUGCCAUGGCGCAGGACCGCCCUUGCCUCGGGCCGGCCUGGGGGCGCGGGUGAUUCCUUCCUCUGAAACAAAAACUGCAUCGCAGCGUUGUGAGGGCCGAGCCUCCCCCGCGUCCCGCACGCGGAGCUGCCGGCUCAGCAUCCCCCCGGCCGCCCGGGGGAAGAGAAGGGCAGAUCCGGGGCACAUCGCCGGCGGAGCGGCGCCGGAUGGGGCGGUGUCUUCCGCGGGCGGCGCAGCCGCGGCCGGGGCGAUGGGGGAGCCGCGGGGCGCGGCGCUGAGGGCGGCGGCGGCCGCGCUGCUCGGGGCCGGCGCCUGCUACUGCCUGUGGCGGCUGACGGCGGGCGGGCGGCGGGCGGGGGCCGUGCGGGGGCCGCCGGCAGACAGCAGUCCUCCAGUGUCAACCCAUGGCAUGGAUGCAGAUGCUCUACAGAAACUGAUUCAUUUGCUCCAGGCCACAGAUGAUCCAUUAAUUCAAGAGCAAGCUUUAAUCACUCUCAGCAACAGUGCUGCCUUCUCUGUAAAUCAAGAUAUAAUCCGAAGUUUGGAUGGCCUUUCUGUUAUUGGAGGGAUGCUCUCUGAUUGCGUUCCCAAAGUUAAAGAAAAAGCACUAAAUGCGCUUAAUAAUUUGAGUAUGAAUAUUAAAAAUCAGGAAAAGAUACAGGUAUAUAUUACACAAGUUUGUAGGAUCGUUGAGUCAGCUCCCCUCAACUCUGAUCUGCAGCUAGCUGGACUCAGGCUGUUGACAAAUAUGUCUGUUACCAAUGACUACCAUCAAAAGAUGAUAAACUCAAUUCCAUGCUUUCUUCAUUUGCUUUCAGAAGGAACUGAAAGGACACAGAUUCAAGUUUUGAAAGUACUUGUGAACUUAUCUGCAAACCCAGCCAUAACAAGACAUCUUCUCAGAGCUCAACAUGAACAAUUAUGCAGUCUCCACUCAAGUCUGACAGGUCAGAGAACUGAUAUGGCUGAACACUAAUGCAGAGGAGAAAAAUAGACAGCUUUCAUCUCAGUUGGCUCAGAUUUGGCUCUGUGUGUAGCCUCAAGUUGGCACAAAGGAGGCCAUGGCUGUACAUCACCUACUGAAACCCAUCGCCCAACCACCACCCAUUCUCUCAUUCUGAAACAGAGUUACUCUCUUCACUGCAGUUUGGUUGAGAUGUUUAUGCAUAAGUUUUAUGUGUAAUAACAAUAGUUUUCCUAUUAAAAACCCUAAAGAGUCUUCUCAGAGUUUCUGAUCAUCUCCAGCUUGCCCACAAUGUGGCUAUGGCUCUCCUCCCAAACAGUUCUGAACUCCUCAUGUUGCUUUAGAAGAAUUUUUGUGGGUUAGGCAGCUUCUACAGACUGCUGACACUCCUUUCCCUGGUAAUCACAGAUGUCCCAGCACUUCUGGUUCCUAGUCAAGUUCUUCCUGUGAUGCUUGCUGCUCUUAUGCUCUAAGCCUAGCACAGAUUAGCACUGUCAGUGAGUUUAGACAGAGCUGACCUUGUGCUCUCUUAAAAGUCCAGCUGAUGCUGUGACAGUUUAGGACUCCAGGAGUUGCCUUGCUAAAACCGUCUUGACACCUUCAGGGGAGUUACUUUCUCCACAAUAUUUUAUUGAUUUGAAAGGCAUAUGUUGGGAAAAACAAAGCACACACAUCUCCACUCCCCUGCAAUUCUACUGUAAAUAAUAAAAUAUUCAUGAAAUUGCUUCUUCUGAGAGCUAAUGGACGAGACAUGUCUACUGAAAAAGUUUCAUUACUGUCUACAGGAAUGAGAAAUACAUAACCUUCUCUAAAGCCGAAUAUGAGGUUAGUACAAUACAACCACUAAAUCAUACAAGAAAAGUAGUGGGCUUAGACUGAGAUAAAUGGCUGCUUCUCCAAGAAAGAAGCAUCACUUUCUUAUCUCUAUUUCAUUCUAAGCACAUGGGAAUGACACUGGCCACAGAAAUUUGAACCACAGAGUGUUAUAUUGUGACACUUCAAUUUAAAAAAAAAAGUGGAAGAUGCACAAAACUAACACAAUACUCAAAAAUGGAAAUUCAGAAAAACCAACAAAUUAAAUAGGGUUAAGCCAACAAAUCAGAAUAUAUCAAAGAAAUUAGACUCAGAUGUGGAAUUUAGUAAUUAAUCGUCAUAAUGCAAUUUAGGUCAGUAAAUACAUUUUUUAUGGAAAAUAUUCUUUUUACGUAGCAGGUUUUAGAGUUAGACUAUUUUCUGAGAACUAAAUUAAUUCACCUUACUUUUGCUGACAUUUGAUACAAAUUAGUUUUUAAAAUUAGCAUCAUGGAAUAUUAAUAAACAAUACUACAUGGAUGAAGAAGUGGCCAAUUAGCAGACAUGAACAGUUAGUUCUUAACUAGGACUCACACAUAUUGUACUAGUUUUGACUGUGAUAGAGUUAAUUUUCUUCCAGUAUCUCCUAUGGUGCUAUGUUUUGGAUUUGUGCUGAAAACAGUGUUGAGAGCAGACUGAUGUUUUACUAUUGCUGAACAGCAUUUACACAGCAGCAAAGCCAGUUGACUGGGGGUGCACAAGAAGCUGGAAGGGACAACUGACCCCAGCUCAGAGAGAUAUCCCAGACCAUAGGACAUUGCACUCAGCAAUAAAAUCUGGGGGAAGAAGGAGUGAGGGGGACAUUCAGACUGAUGGCCUUUGUCUUCGCAACUGUUACAUGGGACACAGCCCUGCUUUCCUGGGGAUGGCUGAACACCUGCCUGCCCAUGGGAAGUGAAUUAAUUUCUUUCUUGGCUUGUACAUGCAGUUUUUGCUUUACCUAUUAAACUGUCUUUAUCUCAACCCACAAGUCCUUUUAUUUUUGCCCUUCCAAUUCCUCUGGGGUGCAAGUGGUGUGGGGGGGUGUAAGUGAGCAGCUGACUGGGGCUUGGCUGCCUACUGGGGUAAAACCACAACACCCCUGCACUAUUAACUACCUGCUGGGGUAGGCACCCAGAACAUCUCUACACUAUCAAUAAAGGCUUUACAGGGAUGUCACUAGGAUUGAUGCUAGUAAGUAUUUCAAAUGGUUCAUUAAAGGUAGAACUAAUUGCUAUAAAAGGCAUUUAUAAAGCUCACACAGACAGGAAGACUGAUAAAUAGAGAGGAACACAGUUCGAAUGACUGCUUUCUUGGCCUAUUCACAUGAAAUUCUGUGAACAAAAGUUUAAGACAAACCAAGAACACAAAGGCAGUGUAACUUGCAGAUCUCAUACAGAGCUUGUGCUUUCCAGGCCUCUGUUCCAAAUCAAUGAUUCCUCAGAGGAUGAGAUCAAAAAUCAGGCAGGUUGUUGAGCUACCAUAGUAAAUCACACCAGGAAAUAGCCAAAAAACUUAAUUCUCAGCGCAUGGGGCUUGUGUUUGGGGUUGUUUGGGUUUUUUUUGGUAUUUUACAAAAGUGCACUAAAAUCACCUUUUAAAGCAAUAAGGACUCGUUACUCAACUCAUAAGAUUUCAUACUAAAACACAAGUCCUAUUAUCAGUAUACUUCACAUGAAAUUCUUAAAACUUACACAACAAGAUAAAACAACAUAAUUAUGAAUAAAAUACAGAAUCUUAGGGAACUUUUAACCUGCUAUAGUUCACUUUGUUUUAUGUCAGACCAACCAGAAACAUAGCAAUACUAGAAGAAUUAUAACAGAUCUUUGAAACAUGGCAUUAAUGUUAAAUCAGCUACCGACAGAAGCAAAGUGUGCUUAAUACUGUCUUAUCUUCAUCACUGAAGUAAUACAGAAACUCUUCUUGCUGUGUCCCUUCCCCCUCCCACGUUCUUCUUUCCUUCCUAAUGCAAAGCAAGAAGAAACACAUGACAGGCUUUGGUAAGACUAGCUGAUUAGCUUAGGAUUUUUGGUGCUUAGUGCAUACUGGAAUACCACGGGAUUUUUGCAGAAAUGAGAACAAUCUAAAUUGUUGAUCCAACAACUAAUAAUUAAAGAACCUCCAAUAGCACUGAACAAAGUUAUUAAUAAAACCUGUAAUGAAAAUACAAGAAGUCUAUGCAUUCUGGAUAAUGAUAUAGGUUCGUUCUGAAGGCAUGAUUAUAAUAUAUAUAGCUUUUCCACAGUGAAGUACAAGUAUAUAUCCUGGAUAAUAUGCUUUUUUUUUACAUAUGCAAACUACUUGGUACAGAUAAACUGAACCUGCACAGCAUAGGAACUCAACAUGGAAACUGAAGCAGGAGUCUGCUUGAAGGACAUACCAUCUAGCAGUGCUAAAUAAAGUUUGGAGUCCUUAGUUUGAAUUUCAAACAAGCUCAGAUGUGCUUUACAGGCUGAUUUAGGUGUGGAACAAAACUGGUUGGAACAAGCAUCAAAAUGGCUGAGGACUCCAGAAGUGCAUUUCAUUGAUCCCUAUCAAGGGAUCUUCCUAUUUCUGAUUUACUGAGCUCCUGAAUAAUAGCAGGGACUUAAUUAAAAAUUGUCAUAUGCAAACAAUAAAAUUAGUCCAAAAUUAAUCUCAGCUGGGUCAGAGACAGUUUUUCAACUGGUGCUUUGCAGAUUUCUUUGUGAUCAUCCUUUAUUGUAAGGACAAACUGUAAAUUAAAGGGCAGUGCUGCAGUUCUCCAGUGCCAUCAGAGUGCUGUGUGUCCUGCACUCCACAGUACACCUCAGCAUUGCCUUCUGGGGAUGUCAGUCACAAACCAGGCUUCUGGCUGGUGCUGGGAAGACACGAAGCCUUGUACACGUAUCAAGUAGGGCAGAGGUCAAUGCAACUGAGAAUGUCAAGGUGUGAAUUUUAUGUAAAAGCUGCCGGCACUCUCUAGAAAGCUGUACACACUGAGGAACUGCUCUCACCAUUACAAGGUGCAGAUCAUCAAAUUUUAAAAAAGUAAAGUGCUGAAGGGAUCCCAAGACCGACACAGGUUUGCUGUGCUUGUUUCUGAAGUCAAAUUAUUUGUUGUUAUUAUUAUUAUAGAACAAUAACAGCCAAGAUUAUUUCUUCCUUAAAUAUGUUCCAUGCCACAUAUCCUUAAAGACAUCCCCAAACCUCUGACCAUCGUGUGUUAAUGAGUAACACAGCUUUUCUGUCCAUAAAACUGACUGAAUUCCUUCCUUCACAGGUAACUAACACAAGAUAAAAUUGAAAGCUCUUUACUAAAUACUGACUGAGAUUUA